UGCGACACGGCGGACAGGAAGCCACUUAUUAAGGAAAAACCUGCUUAAUUACCUCACACACACACACACACACACACACACACACACACACACACACACACACACAAACCACGUUGAAAAGAUAACCAGACGGUUAUUCUGCUGAGACGCAGCAUGGAGGAGAGCUUCAAUACCGAGCACGAGGUCGGCAGUGAACUGGACUACUCUCCGGUGUCGUGGCGGGAGUAUUUUGAUCAGAUGCAGGAUGUGAGUGUGGGGCCGCCCGACAACAUGGACGUCUACAGGAUCUAUAGAGCCGGACAUGACGGACCGCUGCUGGUUCUGCUGCACGGAGGAGGACACUCGUCUCUGUCGUGGGCCGUCUUCACUUCGGCGAUCACCAGCAGAGUGACCUGCAGGAUUCUUGCCAUGGACCUCCGGGGUCACGGUGACACCUUGGUCCGCCAGUCAGGCGACUUCUCAACUCAUACCAUGUCCAGUGAUGUAGCCAAUGUGAUCGGAGCCUGCUACGGUGAGACUCCUCCCCCUAUCGUCCUGAUUGGCCACGGCGUUGGCGGGGCGAUCGCAGUGCAUACAGUCAACCACAUGCUGCUACCGACCACUGUGGGCCUCGUGGCGAUCGACGUCGUGGAAGGUAGUGCGACGGAGGCACUACACAGCAUACAGAACUUCCACAAGGAAAGACCCAAGUCCUUCAAGUCCAUGGACGACGCUAUAGAGUGGAGCAUCAAGAGCGGGCAAAUCGCGAACCUGGAAUCUGCAAGAGUCUCGAUGGUUGGUCAGGUCAAAAGAUGUGAGGUGGAGAAGGCCAGCCCGGUGACCGACGUGGUGACCGACCCGGUGACCGACCCGGUGACCAACGUGUUGACCAAUGUGUUGACCAACGAGGUGACCAACGUGGUGACCGGCCCGGUGACCGACGUGGUGACCGACGCGGUGACCGACGCGGUGAUCGACGUGGUCGUCGAGCGGAACGAAGAGUCCUGCAAUCAGAGUUGCGACAAAAAAAGCGGUGCCACAGAGAGUGUGUACAUGUGGCGUAUAGAUCUGUCCAAGUCAGAAAAGUAUUGGGACGGCUGGUUCAGAGGAACCUCCACCCUCUUCCUGGCUUGCAACCUGCCCAAACUCCUGCUAUUGGCCGGAAUCGACCGGCUGGAUAGAGAUCUGACUAUCGGCCAGAUGCAAGGUAAAUUCAUGAUGCAGGUGCUGCCCCCCUGUGGUCACGCAGUGCAAGAAAACAGACCAGAAAAAGUUGCUGAUGCUGUGGCCUCCUUCCUGUUGAGACACAAGUUUGCUGAAGCCAGAAGAGAAACCAGGAGCUCCAACUCUUUCACACAAUGAAGUCUGCAGGGUUUUUUCUCAGACCGGCAACAAUAAAAAGGAGCUCCAAGAAAAUGGAAAGUACCACAAGAAGUCAAGACAACAACCCCAAAGUAUAUUUGACUUUACUUCCAGUUUUUGCACCGAACAAAUCGGAAAUUGAGCUACAGAAGGCUAUAUGUUGGUAGCCCAAAAACCUGCCCCCUGGAAAAAGAUAGUUUUAAAAAGCUAUACAUUAAAUACUAUAAAUGACAAAACAUAAGAAGUAGUCAAAGAAGUUAGUCAAAACAUGAGAUUCUGAGUCACAAUCAUAAGAUAUAAUCACCAGACCGUCUGAAUAUUAAAGUCAAAAUAAUGUGAUUGCAAUUUACUAAGUCAAAAUUAUGACAUUAAAUAAAAAAAAAUAAAUCUAAAAUUUUGACCCACUAAAUCAACAUCCCACAAUUUUUCUAGCUAACGUAUAUUAGCUUCCGUACGUAACAGUUCUGUGGUAGUAUGUAUUAAAAUAUAGCUAGCCACUAGUAAAACAGGAAACCAUACUACACUGAAGUUUUAGUACCACCAUUAAAACUUCAUCUAGCUGCUUUUAAGAUGUAAUAAUUUUAUCAGUAACUACAAGUAAUCUGGUGAAGCCACAACCUUUACAAACGUCAUGAGGCUCGAGAUCUUUUCAAAUUCAACUGGUGGCUAAUUUUACCAUCCGAUUCCUGUUUUACCAUAUACGUAUUUUACCAAAUACACCAAAUAUUUGUAUUACUGCUCUCAUCCAAGACAAACGUUUUUGCUAGUUUAAAAAAGAGCCAUUUGCUACCCAAGUUUUAAGCUAAACCUUCUGGCAGUGCUAUAUUUAGAAGCUAGCAACUAACUAAUGCUUAAGCUAAUAGCAGGUGCUAGCUAGCUAGCUAUCUGAAGAUUAAUAUAAGCAAUGACGCAAUGAAGUUUUUAUAGAGGUUUAAUGGCAUUAGACUAAAAUAAUUACGUGUGACAUUACUGAGCUUGUUAGCGGUUAAACUUAUUGUCCUCACAAAGGCCAUGACAGCGAACAGAAGCGCUGCUUAAACUCGGCUAACGUUAAGGAACAAGAUAUUCUCAUAGAUAAGCGAUAAAUAAAAUGUACUCUUAAAGGAUGAAGAAAGAGAGCAUGUCAUUUGGUUUACAAAUGUCUUUCAGGAGAAUGAUUAAGACACAUUAAUUAAGACAUUUUCACUGUGUGGCCGUUAACAGAGGGAAACAUGCUAACGUUACCGUUAGCAAAGCGAACUGUAGUAACAUGCUAACGUGAUGUUUGUUCACUGCUUCCUUCAGUUAGAUGUGUGUUGUUACUAAUGGAUAGAAACAAUAACAAAUUACUAAUUCUCUGUGUUAAAAUGUUCUUGAUAAACCCGUUAUGUAGAAAAGGUGCCCCAUAGUAUGGUUAGAUGAAUGUUUGUUAAAUAAAAACUGUUUUGUGUCCUCAAUUUAUCAUUAAUGGUAUUUUCGUCACCAAGUUUCACCAUGAAGUGAUGUUUGUUCUGUUGUCUAGAAUACAAAAUGAUAAACCACCGUCAACCACCCUCAGAAAAUGGAGUGUCCUGGUAAUUACUUUUGGAAUAAUACAUGAUUAUAGGACAAUGCCACUUUUUUGUGUAGAAAAUGGAUUUGUAGGCUAAAAUACAUAAAACUUUGACUCCAUCUACAACUAAUAAAUUGGU